CACAAAGCAUUGUCUGUCAGCGUUAGAAAUACCAACCACGUAUAAAGGACCUCUCUCUCCAAAACAAAACGCACCAAGAAAAGUAAAAUAAAAUGGCGGGUGGUGGAAAGGUCUCCUUCAAAGUUACUCUAACCUCCGAUCCGAAGCUUCCCUUCAAAGUGUUUAGCGUGCCGGAAGCAGCCCCUUUCACCGCCGUGCUGAAAUUCGCGGCCGAGGAAUUCAAAGUGCCUCCCCAAACCAGCGCUAUCAUCACCAACGAUGGUGUCGGAAUCAAUCCUCAGCAAAGCGCAGGGAAUGUGUUCCUCAAGCAUGGUUCUGAACUACGCCUGAUUCCUCGAGAUAGGGUUGGGGCUUUUGGAACAAUGGACGCUGCAUUACAAUCAAACUGAAGGGAUUGGUCUACUUCUGAUUGCGGUUCUAUUCCCUUUUUAUGAUCUUGUACCUUAUUAAGUUGGGAGGAUUUUCAAACUUUAGUUGACGAUGUAAAACCAUCCAAUUGAACGAGAUAACAGGUGAGUGAAAUAGAUGCUCUUAAAUAAUAUUACAAGGAUAAUUUUACA